AUGAUACUGGAAGAAAGCAAAUUCAUUGUCUACAUGCGUAAGAUGCAAUAUACGUCGUACAAUGGUCUUAUAAGCUUCAAUUAUUAUUUCAAGUAUGAUGGAGAAUGCUUACGCCGUAUUUCAUAUGCCAAGAGACAUACCGGGAAUUAUUUCAUUGGUAUUGGUACUCUUAAUAACUAUUUCAAACCUAUGUACAUGACAGAAGAUGUUAUGAUAGCAUUGUAUAUCAAUGUUGAUGUCCAGGGUGUGACCAGCUAUAUUACAGAGCUCUUUGCGAAAGAAACCUCUGUUUCUCAGGAAGUCUUUGAUAUGUAUAUGGAUUAUACAAGACAAGUUGGAAUUCCAGAAGAAAAUCUUAUAGAUAUCAUCAAGACAGUUUCUCAUGCUAUACAGAUGUCCAUGUACGAAUGUAUCCGCUCUACUACCUGA